AUGUGUGGCAGAGUCUGGGUAACACUUGCAGCGUGCCACGUCCUGCACUGCCCCGGAGGCCUGGCACAGGACGUCAUCACCACCAUCGGGCAGGCUUUCGAACUCAGAUUCAAGGACUUCCUGAAAAACCCUCCAAAGGCAGUGUCUGCUCCAGACAGAUUGGAAGAUCCUAUUUUUGAAGAGGGGGAGUCAGCUUGGGGAGAUGAUCCUGAGUAUUACAAUGAGAUUCCCGGGAAGCUGCCGCCAACCGGAGGCAUGCCGCCGCCCCUGCCAGCCGGGCCACCGCCGGGGCACUACCAGGGACCCUCCAACCUAAGGCCAGUGAUGGUGUGUACAGCUCAGUGAAGGAUGCACCAAGUAGACCAGGACCAACUUAUGAUAACAAGGCCAGCGCUGACAACUUGAUAGACUUCACCGCAGAAACCCCAACUGCCCCUGUGUAUGACAACCCUCUACAUGAACCAGCAGGGCGGGGCCCACCUGUCUCCCAUGGCAACGACCUGCCACCAGAGGCAGCCCAGCCCAGGUCAGAGGUCAGUCUGUUUGAUGACCCCACCUACGACAACAGGAGGAUUGAAAACAGACCGAUGCACCCGGAUCCGAUGGGUGCCCAGCAGCCGCCUCAGCAGCCUCCACAGAGGCCUCCACUGCCACUGCCUGCACAGGACCCCUUCAACAUGGGUA